CGCGCCUACAUCUCUCUGGCGCCAUUUUUGAGUUCCCGCCCGGAUCUCAGAACUUCAGGCUCCUGUUUUCCUUCCCACCAUGCCACUGAGGGUGCGCUCGGGAAACCGUCCCGCAGACACCGCGGCCGACUCUACGAUGAAGAAGGAGCUGCCGGACUGGAACCGGACGCGAACGGCGCUGCUGGAAAUGGAGGGGAGACUGCGCUGCUCAGUAUGUUUGUCACUUUUAAGGGGCCCGGUGUGUUUGGGCGGCUGUGAGCACGUGUUCUGUAGGACAUGUGUAGAUGGGAGUGUGGGUAAUGAAUGCCCUGUAUGCCACACACCAGCCUGGGUAAAGGAUGUGCAGAUCAACCGUCAGCUUGAUACCAUGAUUCAGCUUUGCAGUCAGCUGCAUAACUUACUGGAUAAAGGGAAGCAUAAUGGAAGUAAAGUGGAUUUAUGUCAACAUGCAUCACUCAAAGAGAACACCGCAGAAGGAGAAUCUAAGAAAAAACAGAUAAAGAUGUGGUUUAGCCCCCGGAGAGGCAAGGUGAGGUAUGUCUUGGAACGUGAAGAAAACAACCAACAGAUUCCAUCAAACUGCGAACAGGCGCCAAUGUUGUCAAGUUAUGAUUUUGUCUCUUCUUCACCCAUUGUGGAGCAUGCGAAAAAGAAGACUGUGAAACGUGGGAAAACGAAGAAGAAGCAACUGGAGGACAUAAACCAAAAAUGGGGGAUUGGGACACCUAGUGAAAAUACUGAUAGCUUCAAGGUGAAUAACCAGGAAUCCAAUAGAUCGGUGUCCUUUUGCAGCCCUCCACUGAUUGAAAAUAGCCCGGAGAAGAUGGAGCUGGGGUUAGAAAAUAAUAGCCCAGAGAAGAUGGAGCUGGGGUUAGAAAAUCAUGGGGAAAUAAACACUAUUGAGAACAACACCUCGAAAGAAAAUGAUAUUCUGAAGUCUGGCGAGUCUGCUUCUGGUGCUGGGCAAGAAAAUGACUACAGCUUUGAACCGAAACCACAAGAAAAUGGACAAAAUAAAAGUCAGCUAGAGGAAACUGUGGAAGAUCGACCCAGUCCAAAAUUGUGUACACAGCUAAAGAAUGAAUCUUCUGGAAAAACCAAGCGAAGAAGAACUCCUCUAAAACGCAAACCUCACCCAACUCCAUCUCCUAAUUCCCGUGCCUCAAAAUGCCCCAAAAAAGAAAAGCUGGCUGAUGAUUCCAAGUCAGAAGAUCAUACAGGUCUUGGAAAAGUCCGAAACAAGGAAGUAAAAAAUUCUCCAAAAGCAGAGCCAAAACCUAAGCCCUUUUCAACACCCAGAAGAAAGAGCCAACCUGGAACCAAUCUUCAGACAUCCCCAAGUGAUUAUCAGUUUACAAAGAAGAACCAUAAGGGUGAGACAAUGCUACAUGUUGCUUCCAUAAAGGGUGAGGUGCACACGGUGGAGGAGCUCCUGAAGAGUGGCGCUAACCCCAAUAUUAAAGACAAUGCUGGAUGGACUCCUUUGCAUGAAGCCUGUAACCACGGGCACACUAAUGUGGUAGAGGUGCUGCUUCGACACCAUGCCCUAGUGAACACUACGGGGUACCAGAACGACACGCCUCUUCAUGACGCUGUAAAGAACGGUCACGUAGCCAUCGUCCGGCUUCUUCUCCAGCACGGGGCUCUACAAGAUGCGGUUAAUAUAUUCGGUCUGCAGCCGGUAGACUAUGCCGAAACAGAGGAGAUCAAGUCGGCUUUGCUGCAAACACGGACAGACAAGAAGCUGCACAGUCCGGGCCCUGCGCCAAAGGUAGCCCAGUGCAGAGAAGGAUCCCUCAUCAUUUUAGCAAGCGGUUUGUCUACCUCUCAGAGAACUGAUCUCAACAAGCUUGUGUCAUUAUUCAAGGCAGAAAUUUGUACCAACUACAGCAGCUCAGUUACUCACAUUAUAGUUGGAGAAGAACCUAUGCUACGUACCAUGAAGUGCAUGAUGGGAAUAUUAUCUGGAUGCUGGAUCCUCCGAUGUGCUUGGCUAAAGACAUGCCUGGAGACAAAGAGACGAGAGCCAGAAGAACUUCAUGAAGUAGCCGGCGGGCCUCACCGAGCUCGGCUCAACAGAGAACAGAUGCUGCCAAGCCUGUUGGACGGAUGUCAUUUUUAUUUCCUUGGAUGUUUCAAAGAACACAGAAAGGAAGACCUAAUUGAACUGGUCAAAGCUGCUGGCGGCCAAAUCCUAAUUCGCCAACCAAAACCGGAUAGUGAUGUGACGCAAACUAUCAACACCGUAGCAUACCAUGCAGAUGCCGAGUCUGACCAGAGAUUCUGUACACAAUACAUCAUCUACGAUAAGUCUUCCAAAUUCAUCCCGGGCAGGGUGCGCCAAGGGAAAGUUUGGUUUGCCCCCUCAAGUUGGCUGAUUGAAUGUAUCACCAGCUUUCACCUGCUGCCAGUGCCUCAAACGUAAUAUAUCCUGGGACAUUCAAGAUAUCCUGAAGAUACAGCAUUUGUUUAGACCUGCUGCCAUUCUAUAUGCUUUAGUUGGCUGUAUUAUUCUUUUAUCUUCAUUAACAGAGCUGCUUUUUUUCCCUCAUUUGACGUGUUUUUCCGUUUUUCUGUUCUCUUUCAAAUGCCUACCAUUUGUUGUCUGUCCAUUCUUGUCUCCAACUAUCGUUUGUUAACAAUAAAAUAAAACGUGCCUAUG